UUGUGCUUGAAGAGGAGAAGUGCUUCGGUAAGAACACCAUGCCACAGACGAGAAAUCAUAGAGACGCCCGUUCUUUUUCUGAGAUAAUUUGCUUUCGAUAACUCCAGGUCGAGGCAUGAGGGCAGCCCUCCAAUUAUACUGUCUUUCGAGAUUUGAACACAAUUUCGAUCUGCUCAAAGUUUCCUUCGCGACCAUAUGCUAAAGCGAGUACUAAGAGGAGAAACAACAAGAGGAACAAAAGAGGGGAGAAAAGGGAAUUUCUUCAAUUUAAAGAAGAAAUUAUGGCUGAAGCAUGUGCUACCUCCGUUGCAAAGAAUCUUGCAUUAAAAGUCGGUGAGUACCUGUUUGCUUCGAUUAGUCGUCAAUUUGGGUACGUGCUAUGCUAUAAGAGCUAUGUCGAAGAUCUCAAAGAUAGAGUCAAGGAGCUGGAGACUGUGAGGGAAAGGGUGCAACACUUGGUCGAUGAAGCUGUGUAUGACGGAAAACCUAUAUACACUGAUAUUAAGAAUUGGCUAGAGAGUGUGGAGAAUAAGGCUAAGGAAGUAGAAAACCUGUUGAAACAUGGUGAAAGUGCAAAAAUUUCUUGCUUUCGUGGGUGGCUUCCCAACCCUGUGGUGCUCCAUCCAAUUGGCAGGAAGGUGAAAAAGAUGACUCGAGUCAUUCAGGGACUCCAUGAGAAAAGCCCAAAUAGUAACUUCCAGAAGGUCUUCUAUGAGAAUACUCCGAUAGGAAUUGUCACCGAUACCACUUUUGCUACAAUAUCUGUCGACAACAAAGAAGAUAUCCUGGACUCAAGGGCCUCAAUCAUACAUGAUUUAAUGAAAGCUAUAGCAAAUGACAAGGUCUUUGUGGUUGGGGUGUAUGGACCAGGUGGGGUUGGCAAGUCCAAGCUUUUGGAGGACAUUGAAAGGCAAGUUAAGGAAGAGAAGUUGUUUGAUGUUGUUGCCAGAGCAAAUAUAUCACGCAAUCCUGAUCUAAAAACAAUCCAGGGAGAGAUCGCUUAUGCACUAGGUUUGAAAAUAAUGAAUGAGGAAACUACUCAUGGGAGAGCAUAUCUUUUACGCAGGAGGUUAGAGAGUGAUCCUAAGAAAAAAAUUCUCAUAAUUUUAGAUAAUUUGUGGAAGAAGGUAGAGUUGAAGGAAGUUGGAAUUCCUUGUGGAGAUGAUAAUAAAGUAAGAGGCUGCAAACUGUUGCUAACAUCUAGAUACCGAGAUGUUUUGCUCAUUGACAUGGGUUCUGACCGAGAAUUCCGACUCAAUGAGUUAAAGCAUGGAGAAGCACAGAGAAUUUUUGAAAGAACAAUGGGAGAUAGAGUUAAUGAUCCUAACUUUAAACCCUUGGUAGAUGGAGUGGUCAAGAAUUGUGGAGGCUUGCCCCUUUUGAUUAUUUCAUUGGCAAAGAGGUUGAAGCAUGGAGAUUUGGCUGCAUGGAGGAAUGCUUUGACCAAUAUAGAACCGUCAGAUGUAAAAUCCAUAGUGGAACUAAAUUAUAAUGACUUAAAAGAUGAGAGGAUCAAAUCAUUCCAGACCAUCGAAAACACUAGAGAUAGGUUCAUUAUGGAUCUACAAAGCCUACAAGACUCUUCUUUGGUACUGGAUAGUGAGAACAUAGAACAAUUUAGAAUGCAUGACAUAUUUGUUGAACUAGCCAUCUCCAUUGCUUCCACAGAAUGGAACGCCUUAGUCGGGAGAAAGGACUAUGGGUUUAAAGACUGGUCAAAGGAUGAGCUCAGAAAAUGCACGGCAAUAUCCUUCCCUCAUGUUGGCAUUGAUGAUCUUCCUGAAAAAUUGGACUGCCCAAAUUUGAGGAUUCUUCUAUUACUCGAAAGCCACCUAUCUCUCGAAAUUCCUGAAUCAUUUUUUGAAUCUAUGGAGAAGCUCCAAGUCUUGGACACUUCUGGCUUUUCUUUCACCUCUCUACCUUCAUCCACUGAGUUCCUUAAAAACCUCAAGUCAUUGUGUCUUGAGUACUGCCAUCUGGAGGAUCUGACUGUCAUUGGAAAGCUGAAAGGAUUGCAGUUCCUAAGUUUAUAUAGAUCUGCAUUCACUCGGUUGCCAAAAGAAAUAGGUGAACUAAAAGAAUUGAAAUAUUUGGGCCUGAGUGGGUGCACCAAGCUCAAAGUUAUUGAACCUGGUGUGCUCGAAAGCUUGGUUAAUUUAGAAGAAUUGUAUAUUGAAGACAGUUUUGAUCAGUGGGAGGCUGAGGAUGAAGCACCGCGAAGCAACGCUAGCUUGGUUGAGUUGAAGAAUAUGAAGAAGUUGAGCACCUUGUACAUUGCCGUUCCUCAUUCUGCCAAUCUCUCAAGAGACUUGCCAUUUAUGAAAUUGAACAAGCAUAAAAUCCAAGUUGGGGACGUUUGGGAUUGGUCGGGUGAAUACAAAGAAUCCAGAACUUUAAAGCUCAAGCUGGAUUUAGGCAGUCUUCUUCUUGAAGACUGGAUGCAGAGAUGUUUGCAGAUAACAGAAGAUCUCCACUUGGAUGGGAUGCAAGAUGGCAACGACAGCAUUCACGAUUUGUGCGUCGAAGGUUUUCAGGAAUUGAAGCAUCUUCAUGUGCAAAGGAGCCCCUCACUUCAGUACAUUAUUCAUUUCACUGAAAAUGUCCCACGCACUGCAUUUUCUAGAUUGGAAUCAUUGUUUCUCAAGAAUUUGAACAAUAUGGAGAAGAUUUGUCACGGUUGUCUUACCCCAGAAUCCUUCAGCAAAUUAAAGAUUGUGAAAGUGGAUAACUGUGGUGAAAUCAAACAUUUAUUUCCUUUGUCCAUGAAGAGAAUAUUCUUGCAGCUCGAAGAGAUUGAAAUAAGUAGAUGCCACUUGAUGCAACAAAUUAUUGCAAAUGCCGAAGCAGAUGAAGAUGGAGAAGAGAUAGAUGAUGAUCCCAAAGUGCAGUCAUGCAAUGUACGUAUGUUGACAUUGCGAAACUUGCCAGAGAUGACGAGCUUCUGGAAAACCAUGGACUAUUCAGUCGCAUUCUUCAAUGGACAACAGGUUUCACUGCCCCAGUUGGAGUCCUUGACAUUGUCUGAACUUCCCAAAUUGAAAGAGAUAUGGAGUUCUCAAUUCCCCUUAGAUGUGAGCAACUUAAAAUUUCUGAAAGUAGAGGAUUGCACUUUCCUCUUGAGCAUCAUCCCAUCAAAUAUACUACUGAAGCUGCGGAAUUUGGAAGCCAUAACCAUUGAAAGAUGUCACUUAAUACGAGAAGUAUUCGACCUUGAAGGACUGAUAGCCAGUGACAAUGUCAAGAUUCUAUCACGAUUGACCAAAGUAACUUUAAGUGACUUACCAAGUAUGGGAUGUAUAUGGAACAAGAAUCCAAGAACAUUGUGUUUCCAAAAUCUAAGGUCACUGAAGGUGCAAAAUUGUGAGAAAUUGAGGUUUCUUUUUUCUUCUUCCAUGGCUAAAGGACUCGGGCAAAUAAAAGAAAUUGAAAUAGUGACUUGUAAAUUGAUGGAGGAAAUUAUGGAUGCACAAGAAGAAGAGUCCGAGGAAGAUGCAACCACCAACACUUUAGAGUUCCCUCUAUUAACUUCCUUGUCUCUUGAGAAAUUGCCAAAUCUCAUGACAUUCUCUUAUGGGAAGUGCUAUAUUUCCUGUCCAUCCCUAACAAGACUGAGAAUAUCUGGAUGCCCCAAAAUGAUGACAUUCUCUUUAUUCGAAGGAAAGCAAUAG